UCAAGGAUUAGUGAGUUGAUUCUUUUUUCAGUGCCGCAGGCGAAAAUUUUUGAAAUUUUGGAAGAAAUUUUGGAAUACCAAGGAGUAAAAUUUCCCUAUUUUAUGGUACUAGAAAUCUGGAAAAAAUUGCGUAAAAAUCUUAAAAAUCCGCAAACGCAAUCUGUAAAUCAGAAAAACACGUAAUCCGCAAUUACGCCCAGUCUUGGUUACCACUCAGUUAUUUCUUAUAGUAGAAGUGUUUAAUAAAAAGUUUAUAUUCACUUCCAUUUUCACAUAUUUUUUUCAUUUUUAGUAUGCACUUGGACCAAUUUGAAGUUUUUUAUGGAUUUGAUGAAUUAGAACAAAUUAUUGACGACAUCGAAAUAUUUAGUUACAAAUUUCAAUUAAUAGACAAACAAGAGGUGAAGGAGAAAUUGCAACAGUACUUACCUGAGAAAAAGGGGGAGAAGAAAUCUUCUAAGAUCGAAGAACACGACAUUACGAUUAAACUGAAACACAAACCCUUGCCGCAUUAUAUCUCUGGAGCGGGACCAUUCCAUUAUUACUAUAAAUGCUGUUAA